AUGUCAUCGUCGAAAAAUCAUCAUCUGACUUUGCGAUCAUCUUAUCCACCCAACGAAAAUAGUCUUUCACACAAUCUAUCAAAUCUUCCCUCCUCACAAUUAUUCCCUUCUUACAGUCCUGUUUUAAACCUCCCCCUUGCUACUCCAGAAGAUUCCGACAUCGAUACUGGAUCUAUCGCUUCUACUAGAGAUAACACUUCUUCUAAUUUCUCAACUAACACAGUCCUCCACAUAACUCCGCCCUAUUCCAAUCGUAGUGCCACUCUUCCCCCAUCCACCAGCACCCAACGGCAGCAUCAGGGAGGUCUUAAUGGUCACAACGGUAUUGGCUUCAACCAAACCGACAGUACAAUUACCCUCAAUGCGGGUACUUCUCUCUCUUUCACCGCUGCCUCCUCCUCCACAGCAUUUGUGUCAACGGCAACUACUGGACAGUUGCGAUCGAAGGGCUCCAGUUUGAAACGAAGGAGCACUUUGCCUAGACCUCUAGGGGGUCUCGUUGGGAACCCCAGUGCGUCACGGAUUCAUCGGAUCACUUUGCUCGAUGGAGAAGCUUUGGAAAUACCUUUGGAGGUUAGUUUUGUUUGGCACAUCCUAGUACUUGAAAAACUUGGCCUAUCGAUGCUAUAG